AAAGUGUAGCAUGUGCAAUCCUUCUAUUCAAUUCAAUUCAUGGAGUGGAUUUGGGGAUAUAUCUUUUUUUCUAUUAUUACUGUAUUGUUCCUAUUCCUCCAUUUCCGCCGGCGAACGUUAUUUAAUAACGUUCGCCAGCAGCUGCCUCCCGGGCCACGAGGGUGGCCCGUGUUUGGCAGCAUGCUCGAGCUCGGUAACGAGCCACAUAAAACACUAAUGGAUCUAAAACAGAAGUACGGUCCAGUAGUUUGGCUAAAACUCGGUUCUAUUAACACUAUGGUGAUUCUCUCUGCGAAAGCAGCUGGUGAGUUCUUCAGGAACCACGACAUGGCUUUCGCGGAGAGAUCAGUAACCGAGGUGAUGAAAUCACACGGUUAUGAUAAAGGAUCACUAGCUUUAGCACCUUACGGUACUUACUGGCGGAUCAUGAAACGAAUCAUGACAGUUCAAAUGUUAGUUAACAAACGGAUCACUGAAACAGUGGAAGUUCGUCGGAAAUGUAUCGAUGAUUUGAUCGAAUGGAUAGAAAACAGAGAAUUCAGCUCCUCUGAAGGAAUUCACGUGGCGAAAUUCGUGUUUCUAGCCUCGUUUAACAUGCUGGGGAAAUUGUUGCUAUCGCGCGAAUUAGUUGACCCAAAAUCCGAGAAGGGGACUGAGUUUUUCGCGGCGAUGGUGGGGUUAAUGGAAUGUUCUGGACAUCAGAACAUUGUUGAUGUGUUUCCAUGGUUGAGAUGGCUUGAUCCUCAAGGUUUGAGGAGGAAGAUGGAUCGCGGACUUGGGAAGACGAUUGAAAUUGUAUCGGGUUUUUUGAAGGAGAGGUUUGAAGAAAGGGAAAGGACCGGAGAGAAGAAGAAGGAUUUUUUGGAAGUUCUGUUGGAAUAUGAAGGCAAAGGGAAGGAUGAACCAGAGAAGAUAUCAGAUCAAGAACUCAUCUUGAUAAUUUUGGAAAUAUUCUUAGCUGGUUCGGAGACUACAAGCAGUAGCAUAGAAUGGGCGAUGACAGAGCUACUGUGCAAUCCAGACGCAAUGGACAAGGUUAAAACCGAGUUAUCCGAGGUUCUUGGAGAUACCAAGAAAUUCGAAGAAAAUGACAUCGAUAAUCACAAGUAUUUGCAAGCUGUUGUAAAAGAGACGUUAAGAUUACACCCUCCAAUUCCAUUUCUAGUUCCAAGAAAGGCAAUUCAAGAUACCGAAUUCGUGGGGUAUCAUAUCCCUAAAGGCACACAAGUUUUCGUGAACACUUGGGCAAUUGGAAGAGAUCCCGAGUGUUGGAAAGACCCUUUGGAUUUCAAGCCAGAAAGGUUCUUGGAUUCGAAUGUUGAAUAUAGGGGUCAGAAUUUUGAGUUUAUUCCGUUUGGUGCUGGGAGAAGGAUUUGUGCUGGAAUUCCAUUGGCUCAUCGGAUGUUGCAUUUGGUACUCGGGUCAUUGUUGCGUGAAUUCGAUUGGGAGAUUGAUGUUUCUGUUCUUGAUGAGGCUUUGGAUACACGAGAUAGAAUGGGAGUAACUGUUAGAAAAUUAAAGCCAUUGAAAGCAAUUCCAAAGAGAAAAAACAGAACUCUAUGAGUAAAGAAAGGCUCGUGGGCGUUUAGGACAUAAAAAUUGUGGAAUUUAGAAAACAGUAGCAUUUGUUUUCAAAGUUGAAAAUUGGAGUUAUGUUUGGACGAGAAUACGAAUUAAAGUUGUUUUUUGAAUUUCUGUAAACUACCUUCAUAUUUUUUUCCA